AUGAGGGGCUACCCCUCUCUGCCGCUGCUAUACCUGGGAUUGACCACCUGCUUAGACACCUCACCCAGUGGGGAGCAAGACCAAGGUGAGUUCUUCCUGGACUCCCCAGAGGCCCAGAGCUUUCUAGGAAGCCAUAGCCGGAUUCCACGAGCCAAUCACUGGGACCUGGAACUGCUCACGCCAGGGAACCUGGAACGGGAGUGUUAUGAGGAGCGGUGUUCCUGGGAGGAGGCGAGGGAGUAUUUUGAGGACAAUACUCUGACGGAGCGCUUUUGGGAGAGCUACAUCUACAAUGGCAAAGGAGGGCGUGGACGAGUGGACGUAGCAGGCCUGGCUGUGGGGUUGACGUCUGGCAUCCUGCUCAUUGUCCUGGCCAGCUUGGGAGCCUUUUGGUAUCUGCAUUGCCGACGGGGUGGAGGCCAGCAGCCCUGUCCCCAAGAGGCUGAGCUCAUUAAUUCCCUAAGUCCCCUGGGCGACCUAGGCCCACCGACGCCCCUGCCUCCACCCCCACCCCCAGGCCUCCCCACCUACGAGCAGGCUCUGGCGGCCUCUGGGGUGCACGACGCACCUCCGCCCCCCUACACCAGCCUCAGGAGGCCUCGCUGAGGAGCUGCUUCCGAGCUGAGGUUCCCCAGAUUCACAGCGGAUUCCAGAGCCCCCAGGCCUCUUAAACUACAUAGCUGAGCUCGGGGAGUGGUGGGAGUAGGGGUCGUCCGGCCCGAGGCCUACCCUGGCACACGUGUUUCCGCCGAGACGGAUACGCGCAUAUCCCCGGCCAACGUGUUCCCUCGUCCCGGUUACUCGCGGGCUUCCAGGCUUUCCUGACUGUUGCGGGGGGGGUACCCGCCAGUCCCGCCCCCGGGGUAGGCGUGCGUGGAAACUCAGACCCCGGCGCGUAGGCCGGGUAUACCCACUCGCGUGAGUGAGCAGGUGUGACAAGGCCAUCGCCCUACAAUGCCACGGACCACGCACACGCAGG